AUGGACGAGACCAUGAACGCUCUCCCCCAAGACAUGGGCAACGCGCUUGCCGAACUCAUGCGCCAACUCGAGCAACUGACGCUGGAAAAUCGUCAGGUACGGGCCGAAAUGCAACAACUUCGUAAUUUGGCUUCUAACCCCCAUGGCCUUGCCGCACCAACUCCUGCACCCACCACGUCGACUGGCGCGGAAGCGCUGCCGGAACGUCGAAGCGCGCUCAAGCCGCAGAAGCCCGAGUCGUUCGACCCGAGCCAACGCGACGCGAACGUGCGGACGUGGCUCUUCAUGCUCAACAACUACUUCGCCGCGAGCGGGGUGCAAGAGGCGGACGCGCAGCAGCGGAUCGAGUAUGCCGUGACGCUGUUGAGGGGGCCGGCCUUGGAGUGGUGGCGCCAACUUACGCAGACUGCUGUUAGAAGGGCUCAGACGGACGGGCAUCAACAGGGCGUGGGGCAUGCAGCUGCAACUUCGAGCUUAGGGAGUUUAGCUUUGGGUGUUACCACGGUUCCGACGACAUGGGAAGGAUUUGAAGCGGCGCUGAAAAGUAGGUUCGAUUUGGUGAACGCCUCCGAAGCUGCUAGGAAGCGUCUGCGUCAUUUCCGACAGAUAGGAAACGUCCAGGAGUACACACGACGGUUCUUGAGCAUCUGCAACGAGAUAGACGACAUCACGGAAGCAGAGAUGCGCGAUCGCUACCUCGAAGGGUUGAAGCCGGACAUAGCGGAGGUCAUAGCGAUUCACGGGUUGUCCACCUUCGAGUCAGUUGUCGCAGCAGCAGAACGCGUCGACGCAGUACGAAGCCGACGGGGUCGUGACGAUCGCGAUAGGGGAUACAACAGACCGAUCAACGACGCUCGAUCGAGGGACGGACCAUCGCCCAUGGAGAUUGGUGCAUCUACCGACGUAGAGGAGACAGCUCUGGAGCAGUCAUCUACGGAGAACGGGGUAGACACUGUUGAUCGUCCCAUCGUGCUUCUAGGGAAGCUUCGCGGAGUUCCUGUUAAGAUUCUCGUCGAUAGCGGAGCUAGCCACUCGUUCGUUUCCUCUUCGCUAGUUAGUCGUCUCCAUCUUGAAGCAGAUUCGGCAGUCAACUUCAAGGAUGCUCGCAUGGUAGAUGGGACGCCACUCCACAUAGGACCGAUCAUUCGCAAGUUGCGCGUAGUGCUAGGACCGAUCACAGUUAGGCGUGAUUUCGACUCUGCGACGCUGGACGGAUACGAUUUCAUCUUCGGGAGAGAUUGGCUACGCACGGUUAGUACUCAGUUCGAUUGGGCUCAGGGAAGCUGCAGUGUCAAGGUAGACGGGGAGUUCCGGGAGCUGCCACAGUGGAGCGAUGGGGCCACAUCAUCCACAGCUAUCAUUAAUGCUGUUCGUGUGCGACAGUUAGUGAAGCGUGCGGCACGGAUCUUCGCGGUUUUCCUUGAGGAGGUGGAAGCUGAGGAGGGGAAAGGAGGGAGUGCAGCAGUUAGUGAGAAGGCGACUCUUCCUGCUGAGGUGAGUGCACUGUUAGCAGAGUUCGCAGACGUCUUCCCCGACAAAUUGCCCCCAGGGUUACCUCCCAGCCGAGCAGUAGACCAUCGAAUAGAGUUGGAGCCGGGGAGCAGGCCAGUAGCGAAGCCGCAGUGGAGGUUGAGUCCAGCAGAGACAGAGGAGAUGACGCAGCAGGUUAGGCACUUCCUAGCACAGGGGUUCACUCAGCCAUCUAGAUCGCCAUGGGCCGCACCGAUCCUGUUCGCGCCUAAGAAAGACGGAGGGUUACGGAUGUGCAUAGAUUACCGCGCACUGAACGCCGCCACCGUCAAGAAUAGAUUCCCGGUGCCGAGAGUAGAGGAUCUUCUCGAUGCAGUGCAGGGCGCUAGAGUCUUCUCCAAGAUCGACCUUCGUUCGGGUUACCACCAGAUUCGCGUAGUUCCAGAGGACCAGCACAAGACGGCGUUUCGUACGAAGCAGGGGUUGUACGAGUUUAGGGUUCUACCGUUCGGUUUGACCAACGCCCCAGCGACGUUUCAGACGCUCAUGAACACCGUCCUCUCAGAGUUCCUAGGUUCGUUCGUUGUCGUUUACCUAGACGACAUCCUGAUCUUCUCCAAGUCGAAAGAGGAGCACGUGCAGCACUUGCAGAGGGUCUUUGAGGUCUUGCGGAGGGAGAAGCUGUACGCGAAGCAAUCGAAGUGCGGGUUCUUCCUCCCUGAGGUCGAGUUUCUAGGUCACGUCGUUUCCGCUAGUGGCAUUAGGACCGACCCGAAGAAGAUCGCAGCAGUACAGGAUUGGGUAGCACCGACCUCAGUCAAGGAGUUGCAGAGCUUCCUCGGUUUCGCGAAUUACUACCGUCGUUUCGUUCAGGGUUACGCUUCCAUCGCUAGUCCACUCACCGACCUACUUCGGAAGGGCGUAGAGUACGUUUGGGGUCCAGCGCAGCAGCAGGCGUUCGAGCAGAUGAAGCAGUCGCUCACGUCUUCACCGACACUGUCGUACCCCGAUCCCACUCGCCCGUACGUUGUAGUGACCGACGCUUCAGAUCAGGCCAUAGGUGCAGUGCUUCUUCAGGACCAGGGACGCGGGUUGCAACCGAUCGCGUACGAGUCGCAUAAGCUUAGGGGAGCAGAGCUGAACUAUCCGAUUCACGACAAGGAGGCGCUCGCGAUCAUCCAUGCGUAUAAGGUGUGGAGGUGCUACCUAGAGGGGGCAGAUAGUGUUAUACGCACGGUCCACCACCCGACCGCCCUUGGCAGGUAG